AUGCAACAAGGUGGACAAAGUAUUGUUGAUCGUCUUUUAGCAGCAAAAAAUACUAUAGCUGGACAACCUGUAGCUAAAGUUGUAUGUAAAGCAACAACAGAAGAAAUGAUAGGACCUAAACGAAAACAUUUAGAUUGUCUUUUACAGGCAACACAUGAAAUGAAUGUUUCUAUUCCUGAAGUUGCUGAUCUUUUAAUUGAACGUUCACAGAGUUCUUCAUGGGUUGUAUCAUUUAAAUCAUUAAUUACAAUUCAUCAUUUAAUGUCUCAUGGAAAUGAACGUUUUGAAGCUUAUAUGGCUUCACAUAAUCAUCAUCUUCAAUCAACUACUUAUACUGAUCGUACGGGAAUGGGUAGUCUUGAUAUGACUUUGUAUCUUCGUCGAUAUGCAACUUAUUUAUAUGAAAAACGUGAAUCUUAUAAAUUAAUGGGCUAUGAUUUCUGUAAAAUAAAACGAGGGAAAGAUGAUGGAUUUCUUCGAACAUUACCCAGUGAUAAGUUAUUAAAAGCUUUACCUAUUCUUCAAAAACAACUUGAUGCUUUACUUAAUUUUGAUAUUUCACCUAAUGAACUAAUAAAUGGUGUUAUCAACAGUUGCUUUUUUCUUCUUAUCAAAGAUCUUAUACGUUUAUAUACUGCUUUUAAUGAUGGAAUAAUUAAUUUAAUUGAACAAUAUUUUCAUAUGAAUAAAAAACAAUGUCGUGAAGCACUUGAUAUAUAUAAAAAAUUUAUCGAUUCAACUGAUAAAGUUUCACAAUAUCUUAAAAUAGCUGAAACAUCUGGCAUGGAACGUGCGGAUAUUUCUGAUAUAAUUCAAGCGCCAAGUAGUCUUGUGGAAGCUUUGGAAAAUCAUUUAGUACAUAUAGAAGGCAAAAAGACGACAUUAUCAUCAACAUUAAGCACAAAACAACUAACAGAACAAGAUAUGAAGAGUUUUCCACGUGAUUUAUCUGUCAAUAAUAUUAAUGAUCCACAAAAACAUGUUGAAGAAGAUAAAGCAUUCGGACAAUUUCCUAAGAAAAAAGAAGUUUCAUUGUCACCACCACCAGUUUCUCCACGAGUAGCAAAAGCUACGAAUGGAAAUGGUUUUGGUGGUACAGAUUUCUCAACACAACACAUACCAUCGAACGGACAUCAAUCAAAACAACAAGAAAUAUUCUCAGAUGAUAUAUUUUCAUUAGCUCCAUCAUCUGCUCCACCAGUUGCAAAUACAUUUCCUAUGUUUGAUAAUACACUUGAUACAUCAGCACCUCAACGAAAUGUUUUUGAUGAUGUUCUUCAACCAAAUUCAACAUCAACAAACAAUACAACAGAUACAUAUUCAUUAUUUCCAACGAAUCAAAAUGUUCUACCACCUCUUAAACCACUUAAAUCAGGUGAUCUUAAUUCAUCACUUAAUCAAUUAAUUGAUAAUCUUGAUAUAAAAGAUCAUUCGAAAAUUGGAAAAGAUCAUCAAUGGACACCAAAUGAUGGAAAAGGACAACAGAAACUUGGUGUAACUAAUGGAACUAUGAAUGCUCCAGGAACAACAUGGCCAAGUUCUACAAUAAUCAAUGCACCAUUUGGUGGUACUAAUGGUGUUGUACGUAAAUCUUACUUAAUUAAAAAUUUGUAUAAACUUAUUUUUAUUCAGAUGGGUGUUCAAUCAAAUAAUAUGUGGCAACAACCACCACCCGCAUCAACAACAACUAAUCCUUUUGCUGUUUCUAAUGGAUCAUCACAGAUGAACUUCAAUAAUAUAGGUAAUCAACCUAUUCAUGUUAAUACAAAUCCAUUUGCAGCUCAACCAUUGUAUAGUAAUAAUCUUUCUAAUCAACCUCAAGUCAAUAAUCCAUUUGAUAUCUUUAAUUAA